GUUUUUUUAUUAAUUGAACUCGAUGACCUUUGAAAUAACUAAAAUGUCUAUUUACACCUUUACGUUUCUAAAUAGUGGGGUUAUGUGUGCUUCUGAACACGAACGUAUUUAGACGUUUUAAUCUAGCUGAGGAAGUCGAUGAAAAAAUAUUAAAUGCAACUUUUAUUCCGUUUGGUGAUAUUGUAGAUGUUCAAAUACCUUUAGACUAUGAAAGUGAAAAACAUCGAGGAUUUGCGUUCAUUGAAUUUGAAAAUGCUGAAGAUGCGGCGGCUGCUAUUGAUAAUAUGAAUGAUUCAGAAUUAUUUGGACGAACAAUUCGAGUGAAUAUUGCAAAACCACAGAAAGUUAAAGAAGGUUCAACGAGACCAGUAUGGGCUGAAGAUGUUUGGCUACAACAGCAUGCCGGCGAAACUCUAGAAGUAAAUGAUGAAAAUAAAGAAACGGCUCCAUCCAAUAAUGAAACCCAAAACGAUACAUCCACGGAAUCAACACAAAAAGUAAAAAAUCCUCAAGUGUAUUUCGAUAUUAAAAUUGGCAAUCAAGAUGUAGGUAGGAUUACCAUGAUGCUACGUGCCGAUAUUGUCCCGAAAACAGCAGAGAAUUUCCGUGCACUUUGUACACAUGAAAAAGGUUUUGGAUAUCAAGGAAGUAUAUUUCAUAGAAUAAUUCCUGACUUUAUGUGUCAAGGGGGUGAUUUCACAAAACAUGAUGGUACUGGUGGAAAAUCGAUUUACGGACGAAAAUUCGCAGAUGAAAAUUUUAUUUUAAAACAUACCGGAGCAGGAACAUUAUCUAUGGCAAACUCAGGCGCAAAUACAAAUGGAUCGCAAUUCUUUUUAUGUACAGCAAAAACCGAUUGGCUUGAUGGAAAACAUGUGGUGUUUGGGCAUGUUAUAGGUGGUUUAGAUGUUUUACAAAAAAUGGAAAAAUGUGGAACAAAAAGUGGUACAACAAAGGAAAAAGUUAUGAUUGCGGCUUGUGGAGAAUUACAAUAAAAUUGUUUUGAAUUAUA